AUGCCGCCUGCGAAGUUGCUGGGGAUCUCUCUUGUGGUCGUCAUAGCUCUGGGAGCGGUUAUUGGAAGUUUGACAUGGGCAUUCCUUACUACUAGAGGUCCGGACCCUCCAGAUCUAAAGCCCAAGGACUGGUGGGAACACACUGUUAUAUACCAGAUUUACCCUCGGUCCUUUAAAGACAGCAAUGGAGAUGGAAUCGGUGAUCUAAGAGGAAUCACUUCAAAGCUAGAACAUUUUGUUGAGGCUGGAGUGGGUGCAAUAUGGAUGUCCCCGGUUUUUGUAUCACCCAUGGUGGAUUUUGGGUAUGACAUCAGUGACUUUUACAAUAUUCAAGACGAAUACGGAACUAUGGAUGAUUUUAAUGAACUCAUUGAAAAAGCACACGCGCUAGAUAUAAAAGUUCUUCUUGACUACGUCCCAAACCACGCUAGUAAUGAGUCACUUUAUUUCGUCCGUUCUGAAGCUAGAGAACCCGCUUAUGAGAAUUAUUUUAUCUGGGCAGAUCCUGUGAUUAUAAAUAAUACAAGGACUGUUCCUUCGAAUUGGAUAAGUCAGUUUGGUGGAUCUGUCUGGGAAUGGAGUGAAGCAAGACAGCAGUAUUAUUUGCACCAAUUUGCGAAAGAACAAGUAGAUUUCAACUUCAGAGAACCAGCCGUAAGAGAGGAAAUGAUUAAUAUUAUGAAGUUCUGGUUUGAAAAAGGAGUCGAUGGAUUCAGAUUGGAUGCCCUUCCUCAUCUUUUUGAAGCAGAUCCUAAUAACUAUGGAGGUAUAUAUCCCGACGAACCUUUGAGUGGGAACAUGUACUUAAGGCCUGACCAAGCGGGAUAUACAACUCAGGAAUUUGUUAGGGAUCAAAUGGAGCUGUAUGAUGUUGUAUACGAGUGGAGAGCUUUUGCAGAUAAAUGGAAGGAAGACAAUACUGCCGACACAAAAAUACUAUUAGCGGAGGCGUAUGCAAAUAUCACGAUGACGAUGUUGUACUACGGCGACGAACAAGGCAGGCGCGGAUCACAUUUCCCGUUCAAUUUCGACUUCAUCACGAGUCUCUCCGCUGAGUCUAACGCUCGGGACUUCGUUUAUGUAAUCAAACGUUGGCUCACGUACAUGCCUUCGGGACAAGUUGCUAAUUGGGUCUUUGGCAAUCACGAUCAAAAACGGAUGGCGUCUAGAUUCAGAACAGACAUGGUUGAUGGACUUAAUUCGUUAAACAUGAUGCUGCCAGGAGUAGCAAUAACAUAUCAAGGAGAAGAAAUAGGUAUGAAAGAUGGCUUUGUCAGUUGGGAGGAUACGGUGGACGUCCAGGCAUGUAAUCAGGCCAAUGAGGACAACUACUUGGAUUUUUCCCGGGACCCGGCAAGGACUCCAUACCAUUGGGACAACUCAUCAAAAGCAGGUUUCACCACUGGACUAAAUACAUGGUUGCCUAUCGCAACGGACUAUCAAGAAGUCAACCUUCAAGCUCAAAAAGAAUCCGCAAAAAGCCACUUUAAGGUAUACAAAACGUUAACAUCGCUUCGCAAGGAGCCAGCCUUGUCCCACGGGAAGUAUUUCAUCCAGGCUUUAAGUGAAAACAGCUUGGUUCUGGUUCGCUACCUGAUUACCCACGACACGUAUGCUUUACUCUUUAAUGUGGGUUCAAGCAAUGAUACAGUCGACAUCUCCAAUAUCAAUUACUUCUCAGCGCCACUCAAAGUACAUACUUCGAGUAUUCAUUCUAGCCGAGAUGUGGGUGACACUUUAACGUUUGGGAAGAUAACUCUACUGCCAGGAGAGGCGUUGGUGAUUAAAAGUCCACCAGCUUAA